UUUUUCAUUUUAUUUUUCCUACAAUAGAUCAGCAAAAUUUCAAUAUUAUGAAGAGGAAAAUACUAUGUAGCCUUUGAAAACCAUCGUGGUGAAAGUGUGAGAGAAUAAAGCGUUUUCAACCAUAACAAUAACAAUAAUAAUACAAAAAGUUAUUGUACCAUGGUAUGACCCACCUACAUUUCAUUUUUCCAUAUCAAGCUCAAGCUCAAGCAAAGUGAUAGCUCACCCAAACACACUGACGGGCCUUGAACUGUAGCAUGUCAGCUGUCUUCAGCAGUCCACGCCAAGAAGGCACCGUCAGCUAGUAAUGGGACUUGUCAAAGUGUGAAAGGCACCAGAGCAAAUGACAGAGUGAUGGCAGCCAUGGUGAGCCCGGCCCAUUCUCCACGGAGGCUGGAGAGGCUGGCCAAGGAGAAACUGGUGUACCUCGUCAUCAGACAUUCCAUACCUGCCUCCAUCUCAACGCUUACCUUCCCACAGGACUUAGUCUGGGUAUACAACACACAAUAAGAUGGGGAAGCGCCAGUGUGUCCUUCCAUUGUGGCGAUCAAGUGAAAAGCAGGUCGAUUUGCACAUGUGUGCCUGCCUGGUGACCUGACUAACCCCUUCCCCAGGAAAAAAAUCAAAAGAGCACUGUAUACCCAAUAACCAUCCUGGCAUGGACAAGAUCAUCAUGGCAACUGAUACUCAGUUUCCUGACUGCCUGCCACAGAAGAAACUGCUCUUGGAGCAUAUUCAGGCUGUGAGGGAGUGGUGGGAGAACAACGUGGUGGUGAUGGGCCGUGUUGGUGUGUGGCGGUGUGUGCUGGAGUGUCUAGCCACUGAGCUGGAAUAUCUUGACCAAUACUGCCUCUUCCCACUCUUUCGGCUACUCCUGCAACUUUUGUUUUCCCUCCGAGUUGGAAGAAAACUUGAUGGCAUGACCAACAGUGACCAACCUUCUAUUCAAGUGGAAUUGGCUGCUAAAGCAUGUCCAGUCUUUGCUGAGGUCCUGAGGAAAUUGAAACCCUUUAGUAUAGAAGAACUCUCAACACAGUUUAUUAUAUUUGGGAGCCAGGAGCCACUUCAGGUGAUACUGGAAAACUCACAUCAGCUAAGAAGAGUACACUUGCGGAAGAAUAUCACUGAAGAAACUUUAAAAAGUGUUAGUGAAAACUGCCCACUGAUGGACACAUUUGUGGUUGAAAAGCCUUUUGGUAGACUCCUUGUGUCAGUGGACUGUCUUUAUAAGACUUUCUUCCGAGGGAUGGAUCGUGAUGAGAUCGAUGCUGUGGCUCGCAGUGACUCAGCCUCCAAGCGUAAAGCAUGUCUUUCAUUCCCCAGACUGAAGUUUAUUGACUUGGGAGCAGACAGUGAUUGCCCCCUUGAUUUAGAGAAAGAUUCCUUUUCUGAGUUCAUUUAUAAUGUUCUUUUAUUCUAUCCAGGUCUGGAGAGUGUGACAUGCUACAGGUCAAGACCCUUUGUGCCCAAGCCAUUCUCUAAGCUGCCUGCUUUCUUUCAUUCUCUUUCAUACUCUUUGCAGUACCUGGACCUAGAAGGACUUAUGAUCUGGGCAAAUGAUAAGGCUAUUGCAGGAUCAGUAGAUCACACACUAUCAGUUUUCCCAAAGAUUCAACAUUUUACACUCUCUCAUGACCCUGAUACUUAUCUAGAUGUAAUAAAUUUUGCUAGAAUAUGGAUUCCGAGAUUUAAAUGCAAAGCUCUUACCAUCAAAACAUAUUUCACCUUGCCUCAUGAAAGGACUGAAGGUCAUUCACUUACACCCUACCAGGUGCUCUUAAAUGAUGUUGGAGUCAAUCUUACUGCACUCCAGUUUCACCUUCAUGCUAACUUGUGUGUAGGAGAGCUGUGCAGUCUUCUUCCUUUGUGUCCAUCUCUAGAGUUUCUUGGAAUAAUAAUGUCUGCAGACCAUUUUGAAGAUGAUGUACCAUGUGAUAUUCAAACUCUUCCUCUACUGAAAUGCCUAACUGUUGAGGGUCCAAGUAUCCUUUCAUUCUCUCAUUAUCAGCGCACCUUAUUCAACAGAUUAAUUCAACUGAUGAUUAUGGCUGCCCCAGCUCUUAGUCAGUUAGAACUUGUAGUUCAUCAUCGACCUCUUGUGUGGCUCAUGGAUAUGGCUCAAAAGAAGAUACUAGCUGGCUUAGAGGUCUUAUUUCUGAAUCUGAAUCCUUUUGGACCCAGCACUGUCAGUGUCUCGUUUUAUGUGCAACUACUGGAGCUUCUUCCCAAACUAAAAUUGUUUAUGUUAGCACCAAUCUGUAGCCAGCUUCUCUCAGACAUAAAACAUAUAUACCACACCACAGACCUUCAGCUUGUAGCAAGAGAAACUGUUAAAUCAAGUAAGCCGUGGCAUUGACUAACUCUGUGUUUGAAAACUGCUUUUAUUAUUUCUUAAUUAUUUAUUUUUAUUAUAAUAUUUUAGAGGAACUAGAAAAGGGCAACAAAAUUUGUGAGGUGUUUGUUUGCAAACAUGGUCAGAAAUAUUAGUGAAAUGUUUAUGAUAUAUCCUUGAAACCUCCCUCUUAAAUGAGUUCAAGUGGAAACACAAAAGUAGUCACCAAGUUCCAGAAUUUACCAGAGAAAGGGAUGAAUGACUAAGAAAACUCGUUAUCUUUUGCAAGACAGAUGGACAGAAUAGGGGUGACAAAGAAAUCUUGUACAGUGAGGCUGUGAGAGGACAGGAGACAUGCACUUAGCAAGAUCAGAAGACCAGUUGGCAUGAAAAAUAACUGUAAAAGAUAGCAAGAGAUACAACAUUGUAGUGGUGAGAAAGAGGCUGAAGACAGUCAGUUGAUAAGACAAUAAACUUUACAUUUUCCAUGUCUAGAAUAACAGUAUGUGUGGAAUCUCCAUCCCCAUUCUAUACAUGUGAAACAUACUCCAUACAUAGAUGGAUAAGAUCCCUUUACAAAGUUAAAAGUUGGGGUGGAUUGAGAAAAACUGGUGGAGAUGACUCAGAAUGCCUAACUUUAUAGAAGCUGCUUUAGCUAGAGAAGGAAUGUGAAAUUUUCAAUUGAGACUAUAAGUAAAGACAGACUGAGUAUAUUCUGUGUAGAAGAGGUCAAUAGUUGAGUGUCAUUGAAGAAAAAGGCAUAGUUGUCUGGAAGGUUGUGUUGAGUUGAUAGAAGGAAAGAAUUGAGUUUUUGAGGCAUUGAAUAAUAUUAAAUUUGCUCUGCCCAAAUUAGAAAUUUUAGAAAGAUCAGAAAUCAGAUAUUAUGUGGCUUCUUUGCAUGAUAUGUUUAAUUUCUGAAGGGUUGGUUGUUUAUGAAAAGACAUUGAAAAGUGCAGAGUGGUUUGAUGAGCAUAAGAGUGGAUAUGAUUUAUGCUGUCUUUAACCAAUUGUGAAUGCUGAUAAUGGAGAUAUUGCAUCACUAGUCUGCUGUGCUUGUUCUAGAACCUGAAAUGUAGAGUUCUAAGGCCAAUUCCAGGGUUACUGAAUACUCCAUGGUACAAUAUUGUUAGGUAAUCUAGGCAUCUAGUUCAGUUGUUCAGUUUUUAUAUCCAGAUGAGGUAGACAUUGAAUUGUUUUAUUGUAUAGGAACUUUGUACCUACUGAGAUUUACUCUCCAAAUUUCACACAAAAAAUAAUGAACAUUGUUUAUAAAUUGAGACAUUUAAUACAUUUCUACAUAUUGGAUGAAGGAGAUCCCAGAAAACUUUGGCUCCAUAUGAAUUUAGAUGACUUAUAUGUAAAUAAUAUAUGUAUAUGUGGGAGGAAUGGGUCUCUGAACUGUCUGUGAUUCUAAUAUGUAAUGGCCUUUACUAUAUAUAUAUAUA